AUGAACAACAAGGAGGCCCAGCAUGAGGCGGAGGCCUACGCAGACGACGAUCUUGCGAUGGACUCUCAGCAGAGUAUGCGAGGUACCGAUGCGGAUGCUCGCGAUAUGAAAGUCAUGGGCAAAACCCAAGAACUCAAUCGGAAUUUCAGGUUCAUAUCCAUAUUGGGGUUCUCUUGUACUGCAAUGUCCACGUGGGAAAUUACGCUUUCCUCGAGCACCUUUGGCCUCAUCAACGGUGGUCUGCCUGGUCUCGUAUGGGGCUACUUUAUCGUGUGGUGCGGUUAUUUCACUGUCUUCGCCUCCAUAGCAGAGUUGGCCUCGAUGAUGCCCACUGCUGGUGGACAAUACCACUGGGUUUCGGAACUCUCUCCUAAAAGCUGCCAGAAGUUCCUCAGUUACCUGGUUGGAUGGUUCAGCGCACUCGGAUGGCAAACCGGAUACGCCUCGAUCGCUUUCAUUGCUGGUACGCUUAUUCAGGGUCUGAUUGUCCUGAACGACGAGACCUACAUCUUCAAACGAUGGCACGGUACUCUUCUUGUGAUCGCCAUUACGGCUUUCUCCAUUCUCUUCAAUACAUUCCUCGCAAAGCGAUUGCCACUUGUUGAAGGCAUGGUUUUGAUCCUUCAUAUCCUGGGCUUUUUUGGCGUGCUCAUUCCACUUUGGGUCCUUGCGCCUCGGAACUCAACGGAGGUGGUCUUCACGGAGUUCGUCAAUCUGGGCGGAUGGAGCUCGACUGGUCUAUCCGUCAUGGUCGGCAUGCUUACAACGGUCUAUGGCAUGCUCGGAGCUGAUAGCGCUGUUCACAUGUCCGAAGAAAUUCGAGAUGCCGGGAUCGUUCUUCCUCGCGCAACAAUGUGGGCGCUGUUUAUCAACGGCGCAUGUGGUUUUAUUAUGAUGAUUACCUACGCUUUCACAUUGGGUGAUCCUGUGGCAGCUCUCGAAUCCCCCACUGGAUACCCUGUUAUUAGUGGCUUCUUUUAUGCAACAAGAAGCCAUGCCGGUACAAGCGUCAUGAUUGCUAUUAUCAUCAUCAACACCACGAGCAGUUGUAUAUCUACAUUGGCAACUGUUUCGAGACAGACUUGGUCUUUCGCUCGUGAUCGCGGCCUGCCGUUCAGCGACUUCAUCGGCCACAUCAAACCUGGCUGGAACAUCCCGCUCAAUGCGGUGCUGUUGACAUUACUCUUCACGACCCUCCUCUCGCUUAUCAACAUUGGCUCGACUGUGGCAUUCAACGCAAUUUGCUCAAUGGCAACCAACGCCUUGCUCUCGACAUACAUCAUCUCCCUCAGCUGCUUGAUUCUCCGUCGUAUUCGAGGGCCCCCUCUCCAGCCUCGCCGCUGGUCUCUGGGCCAAUUCGGCUUGCCCAUCAACGUUGCCGCUUUGCUCUUCUCCACUUGGAUCUGGGUGUUUUGCUUCUUCCCUCAAACAACCCCAGUGCAUGCCAAAUCGAUGAACUGGAACAUCGUUAUCAAUGCUGGUAUCAUGAUCAUCGCCGUCUUCUACUACUUUGUCAAAGGAAAGUACCAAUAUGUGGCACCAGUUGUUCUGGUGAAGAGAGAUGUCUGA